CGCGCUAGGAGAAAAGCAACCACGCCCGGGACGCAAACAGAGCGGUGCAGGAAACAAUGGCAAGCUCGGCGUUGGCGGCUCGGGCUCGGCUCGGGGCUUGGGGCGUGAGGGUCCUGCAAACCCGAGGCUACGGCUCGGACUCGCCGGACAGCACGAACAGCUCUGGCUCCAUCCGAGAAGCCGGCGGGGCCUUCGGGAAGAGGGAGAAGGCUGAAGAGGAUCGUUAUUUCCGAGAGAAGACUAGAGAACAGCUGGCUGCCCUGAGGAAGCAUCAUGAAGAUGAGAUAGAGUACCACGCCAAGGAGAUUGAGCGUCUGCAGAAACAAAUUGAGCGUCAUAAGAAGAAGCUAAAAUCCCUAAAGGACAGCGAUGAUUAAAUGCACCCAGCCCCUCACAGAACGGCCUGUAUUGUUCCCCCUUCUACAGAGACAUGGUUUUGAGUGAUUAAUAUUUGGUCUGUGUGCUACUAACAGAUUAAAUAAAGUGUCACCAGUGAA